GUAUUAUACAGAGUCUGAAUGGUUAAGACCUCUUAUCUGAAUUGAUCAGACAUUUGCCUCUGAAUAGUUAAGCAAUAUACUAGCUCUUAAUGGUUCAGACCUCUUACUGGUUCAGCACUUAAUGGUUCAGACCUCUUACUGGUUCAGCACUUACCUAUUCAGAAGUUGUCAAACAGCCCCUAAGAGUGGUGUUUAAUGUUUGCUGCCAUAUUUGCAGGAAUAACGAAUGCACAUGAUGUAACUACUUUCAUUACCCUAUUAGAAGACGAGGGAGACUUGCAUCUGCAGCGGGCUUUGGGGACUAGUGCAAACACCAUAAAUUGGCAGACUCACCAACCCUUUUUGGAACUAAACAGAAGAAAAGCGAGAUAACCGAGCCGUCUGCGCCGCCUUCACCGCCGUCUCUUGCCGCCGAGGACAACCAUAACCCUAGACUCUAUUCAUCUAUAUUUCAAGGUCACACCUUCCACCCUAAUGGCCCCUGAUGCUUUAGAUGCUCUUGCAGUAAGGGACAAAGUUGAGAAGUUUUUGAACGCUGCCAGGACAGGGAACAUUGAUCUUUUCAAGAAAUUGGCUGAGCAGAUCGGCAAUGGGAAGGGGUUGGCGCAGACGGCAGCGGAUGUUUUGGAUGCAAACAAGCGUGGGGCUCUCCAUUUCGCCGCGAGGGAGGGCCAGACUGAUAUGUGCAAGUACGUGGUUGAGGAGUUGAUGCUUGACGUUAACGCCAGGGAUGAAGAUGGGGAAACACCUCUUGUCCAUGCUGCUCGGCAGGGUCACACUGCCACUGCCAAUUACCUCUUACAAAAGGGAGCUGAACCCGCAAUUGCUAGUGAGAUGGGAAUUACGGCGUUGCAUCACGCUGCAGGAUUAGGGGACAUUGAGCUGAUGAAAUCAUUUCUUUCCAAAGAUGUAAAUGUUGAUUUGCAAAGCCAUGCUGGUCCACCUCUUUUGUGGGCUGCAGGUAACAGCCAAGAAGACUCCGUGAAGCUGUUGCUGGAGCAGAAUGCGAAUCCGAAUGCUGAGAGUGAUGAUGGUGUCACUCCGUUGCUUGGUGCUGUUGCCGCAGGUUCAUUGCGGUGUGUAGAAAUGCUAGUGAAUGCUGGUGCCAACGCGAAUAUAAGCGCGGGUGGAUCAACACCUUUACACAUUGCUGCUUAUAAUGGUAGUCCGGGUAUGGUCAAGACAUUGUUAGAAGCAGGAGGUGAUCCUAAUGCUGUUGAUGAGGAGGGGUUGAAGCCAAUUCAAGUUGCUGCUGGUGUGGGUAAUCGGGAGGCCGUUACCCUUCUUUUCCCCGUAACACCACAGAUUCAAGGCGUGCUAGAAUGGAGUGUUGAUGGACUAAUUGAAUACACGAAGUCUCAAGCUGAGAAAUCUCAGGAAAAAGCUCCGAAGGAAUCAAACAAGCCCAUAGAGCCUACCCUUCCCAAGAAAAAUUUACCCGAGGUGUCCCCCGAGGCUAAAAAGAAGGCGUCUGAAGCAAAGGCGAACGGACAGGAUUCUUUUGGGAGAAAGGACUAUGCAACGGCUGUGGAUGCUUAUACACAGGCUAUUGAUUUUGACCCAACUGAUGCAACAUUGCUUUCCAAUAGAAGUCUUUGUUGGCUUCGGUUGGGUCAAGCUGCGCAAGCUUUAGCCGAUGCCAAAGCGUGCAGAGAACUCAGACCAGAUUGGCCAAAAGCUUGCUAUAGGGAAGGUGCUGCUCUACGCCUAAUGCAGAAGUUUGAAGAUGCUGCAAAUGCCUUUUAUGAUGGUGUCCGGCUUGACCCGGAAAACAUGGAGCUUGUAGCAGCUUUCAGAGAAGCUGUUGAAGCUGGCAAGAGGUGUCAUGAUGCCACAAGUAAGGUAAUAUGAAUGAUGAAUAAGGAAAUAUCCAGCAAGGGCAGAGAGGUGGAUGGAUGCUGGCUGGAGGAGCUAUCUAGUUUAGUUAUUGCAUUUGAAUUAAUUAUGUUUUUAAGGGCAAGAACCCAAAGUUGUAUUUUGAUCAAGUACUUAAAGGCUUCCGCACCGUUUUAUUAACUCCGAUGAAUGUUUUAAAUAUUGUUUUGAAUUAAAUGUUUUAAAUUGUU